AUGUCUGUCGAGUAUGCCAACAGAUCUUGGAAACUCAUUGUGUCGGACUGUUUCACCGUGGGCAAGGUGGCAGAGGUGUCCACAGUCCAGACAGUUGCUUUGCUGGGCCUGUUCGACUUUACUGCUGGUCGAUUACGCCAUGGCUCAGCGUGGGUCAAAGUUGGCCUGGCUGUCAGGAUCGCGCAGGAUUGCGGGCUUAUGCUAGAGAACGCAGCGCAUCUCUCGUAUGCCGAGCAGGAAGAGCGACGACGCGUGUUUUGGUCUGUCUAUCUGCUGGAUCGCUUAGUCUCGUGCGGUCGUGGUCGGCCACCGGCCAUCGUUGAUGCGUCGUGCCACCUACAACUGCCGUGUGAUGAGUCAACAUGGAGGGACGGCCUCGGGGUCAAAACACAGUCGUUGGACGAGAUGACGAACCGGACUCUCUCAAUAUCCCAACGCCAAUGCCCUUUUGCACAGGUCAUUGCUAUUGCGCAGAUCCUCGGUCGAUGUGCACAAUACGUACUUCAAGACUUUAACAUUAGAGGCCCGCAUCCACCUUGGGAUCCUGGCUCGGACUUCGCCGGCAUUGAGUCCGAUCUUCUACAUUUCGAAGCAUACCUAGAGAUGCAGAGACCAAAUGAUGAGAUAAUCGCACCCUAUAUCUUAGCUGAAGGCUUGGUGGACAGCCAGUCCUCUGGUCCGAUCAUCUUCUCUCGGGCACUAUUUCACCUCUGCUAUUGUCUGCUCAACCAUCCCUUCUUACUACAUCGCCGCAUCAACACAUGCCGGAACCUGGCCCCGAUCAGUUUUAUCAGGCGAUCAUCUGACUUGGCUUGGCUUCAUGCACAGCAGAUGAUGGCUCUUAUCCGCGACUCGCGCAGGCUGGGCUUCUCGUUUCACUCAUCGUCUAGCGGCUAUGCUGUGACAGUCGCAGGCUCCAUUAUCGCUUUACGGGCAUAUGACGAGGAUUCGCCAACUUGCCAAGAGGCUCACCUACUACUUGACGAGGCCCUGGGCUAUCUGGACCUCAUUGGCCAACAUUGGAGUAAUGCUUCGAUGCUUGGUCGGAUAGUCUACGAUGGGAUUUCAGGACGUCUCUCGAGUAGUCUCACCCAAGGUUUGAGCUUGACGCCUGAACAGGAAGAAGCUAUGUGGUCUUUGGUUGACUACAACACAAUGUCAAAUCAACUCAGCCAAGAUGCUCAAACGAGUGAGCAGGAAUCGGAUAGUCUAAUGCCAAAUUCUUGGAUCGACUUGUUUGGUCCCAUCGAUUAUGCUUUGCUAUCUAGUUUUAAUGCGGCAACUCAAGAAUGA